GGGCUCGUGUUUAGUAAUACUUCGAACGCUUGACGAUCUCCACAUGUGGGGAGAGUGCUGUGCCCGACGAUCGCAGCAGCAGCAAAUCAGCGUUUUCUUUUCGUGUGUGUUUUAGGCGACAGAGAAAGAGAAAGAGGCAGAUAGAUAUAAAGUUCGCCAGAGUGAGACAUAAUUAUAUUGCGGAUAGGACGAAAGGACCCACCGAAGAUGUUACCCAGAGAUCUAAGGCAUCUCUUGGGUCUGCUAAGCGCCGUUUAUCUAUUUGGCAGCCUUGUUUCUGUGACCUUGGCAGAUAAGAUAUGUAACACAACGAUAUGUGACUGCAAGGGCAUAAAGGGACGAGCCGGUGCCCCAGGACCCAUUGGAGUUCCCGGUUUGGAAGGUCCUGCCGGAGAAGUAGGACCAUUUGGACGGGCAGGACCAAUCGGAGAGAAAGGAGAUGUUGGCGAAUACGGCGAACAAGGCGAGAAAGGACAUCGCGGUGAGAUUGGACUUAGAGGCGAAACUGGAUACCCUGGAAUUAUGGGUAAAACCGGCGAGCCGGGAACACAAGGACCCCGGGGAAUAGAUGGCUGCGACGGAAGGCCUGGGGCGCAGGGAAAAGGCGGAGAUCCUGGCUCUAAUGGACCGCGAGGCCCGCCAGGAAAGUCUGGUCAACAGGGUCCUCCCGGAGAAGCAGGCGAGGGCGGCAUCAACUCCAAGGGUACCAAAGGUAAUCGGGGCGAGAGCGGACUGCCUGGUAGCCAGGGCCCGCCUGGAUUUGAUGGUGAACGCGGUGCUAAGGGUGACACUGGAUACGCUGGCCAGACCGGUGAGAAGGGAGACCCCGGAUUCAAAGGACCAGCGGGUGACACUGGAGCGGUAUCGGAGCUUCCGUAUUCCUUGAUAGGUCCUCCCGGUGAGAAGGGUGAAUCUGGCAGUAGCUUUACAGAGGCCCAAAAAAAAGAUGUUUCCUUGAAGGGCUUCAAAGGAUUCGUUGGUCCUCAGGGUGACCAGGGACCAGAUGGACCGACUGGCGAACAAGGUGCCACCGGUCGUAAUGGUCUUCCUGGAGCAAGAGGCGAGAUCGGAGGGCCCGGCGAGCGUGGCAAGCCCGGAAAGGAUGGAGAGCCCGGCAGGUAUGGAGACAAGGGCGUGAAAGGUGCACCAGGAUGGACUGGAGCUGAUGGAUUAGAAGGAACCCCAGGAGAACGGGGUGAAGAUGGUUUUGCUGGUACUCCUGGAAUUCAAGGACCUCCUGGCCCCCCUGGAAUUUACGAUCCGAGUCUAAGUCAGUCGCUGCCGGGACCCAUAGGAUCACAAGGAGACAUUGGAGCACCAGGAGAACUUGGUCCAUCAGGUUUGCCCGGCAAGCCAGGACGUCGCGGACCCUUCGGUCCCGCUGGACUGUCAGGUGAGCCUGGAUUGAGCGGCAAUCGAGGCCCGCCCGGGCGCAGUGAACGCGGUGAGCCCGGUGACUACGGAUUCAUUGGCCCCCCAGGACCCCAGGGUCCUCCCGGUGAAGCUGGUCUUCCUGGCCGAUAUGGACUACAUGGCGAGCCUGGUGAAAAUUUGAUUGGACCCAAGGGCGAACCUGGUCUUAAUGGAAUUCCCGGCAAGGAUGGUUAUCGAGGUGAUCGCGGAGAAGUCGGAUUGCCCGGUGACAAAGGUUUGCCCGGCGAGGGUUUCAACAUCGUUGGUCCUCCUGGAUCCCAGGGACCUCCCGGAUUCCGCGGACGUCCUGGUGACGAUGGUAGAAAUGGAUUACGUGGUCUGCCCGGUGACAAGGGAUUGCGCGGCGACGACUGCCCGGUCUGUAAUGCUGGGCCCCGUGGACCUCGUGGCCAGGAGGGUGACACUGGAUAUCCUGGAAGUUUCGGUAACCGUGGAGCUAACGGCCUAACAGGACCACGUGGCGAUAGAGGAUUGCAAGGCUUUCCGGGUAGGGCAGGCCAUAAAGGUCUGCCAGGAAAUCCAGGUAUUCCCGGCGAACAAGGUAAAGUUGGAGCACCCGGCCCAAAAGGAAUAGUGCAUGUAGUCGGUGCCCAAGUAAAGGGAGAGCAAGGUGAUGAUGGCGACAACGGACGUCGUGGAGAGCAGGGGUUGGAGGGUGACCAAGGACAAGAUGGUUACGACGGUAUUCAAGGUGCACGUGGUGAGACUGGCCAGCGUGGAGAGUACGGCGAUGCCGGUAUCCCGGGACGCGAUGGUAUAGCAGGACGCGAUGGACGAGAUGGCGCCCCCGGAAAAAAUGCAUCCGCCCAAUCCAAAUUUUACUUAAUUGGUGAGCGGGGCUACAACGGUCGUAAAGGAGAACGCGGUGAUCACGGAGUUAAAGGAUUUAAGGGUGUCAAGGGUGAGCCGAAACCAGGUGAAAUCUUUAACAACUUAGGAGAUCGUGGCGACAAAGGUUACCCUGGUCUGCCCGGUGAAAAGGGACUUAAAGGUCCGCGCGGAGAUAUCGGACUUCCCGGCGAAACUGGUGACCGGGGACCAGCCGGCAAAUCUUUUCCCGGAGCUAUCGGUGCCAAGGGUUAUCCUGGCCAGACAGGCGAUUACGGGCCCCAAGGAGCACCCGGUCUACCCGGCUUGGAUGGUGAGCCGGGUGUGGAUGGCAACGUCGGAUACAAGGGACAACGAGGUAUACCAGGUCAAGAGGUGCUCCCGGGUGAAAUAGGUAGCCCUGGUCAACCUGGUAUUAAGGGCCUUCCCGGUGAUGUUGGCAGCGUAGGCCAGUACGGACCAUCUGGACGUCCAGGACCUAAGGGAGUGAAGGGCGAGAUAGGACCCGUUGGAAAUAUUGGACUAACAGGCCUGCCCGGUAAUAAGGGUCAACGCGGCGACUACCGAUUUGGUCCGAUCGGACCUAAGGGUGAGCCUGGCCGAAAUGGACGUCAGGCUCCGCACGGCAUAAAGGGCCAAAAGGGUGAGGAGGGUUGGCUGGGACAGAAUGGACAAAACGGAGCCAAGGGUAACAUCGGCUACUCUGGUCGCCGUGGACUCCUUGGCAGUCCAGGUCGGCAAGGCCUUCCUGGUGGCCCUGGCAUCUCUGGACUUCCUGGCAUGGUCGGCGAGAUCGGAGAACGUGGUGAAAUUGGCCAAAAUGGACGGCAAGGUGACAUAGGUCCUCGUGGUCCCACAGGAGAUUUCGGACCCAAAGGUCUCUCUGGUGAAAAUGGGCCUGACGGCUAUCCCGGAGCUAAUGGUACUCCAGGGCGCAAGGGCGAAUCUGGAGAUAUUGGAUUCACGGGACGACCAGGUCUUAAGGGCGUGGCUGCCUACAGUGGCAUUAAAGGUGAAAACGGUGAAUCCGGCUUGACUGGACCAAUCGGCUAUACUGGAGCCCGCGGACAGAAGGGGCAGCGUGGACCCACUGGCGAUUCACCAGUGGCAUUUGACGGAGCUGCUGGCCAAAAGGGAGAAGUGGGAAAUCCUGGACUCGAUGGAAUUCAUGGCCGUUAUGGACUAAAGGGUCAGCGUGGUGAUCGAGGUCUCGCCGGUGCACAAGGUCUGAAAGGUGAGGCUGGAGAUCAGGGAUUAGACGGCUAUCGUGGACGCAAUGGAGCUCAGGGUCGUAAAGGCAACACUGGCGAAAUUGGACCCGAAGGACCCAAAGGUCCACAGGGUGAGAGAGGAGUUGAUGGCGUCGAUGGACUGACUGGAGAGGCUGGUGAUCAAGGGCCUAGAGGAUUCGUUGGUGUGCAAGGAGAUCAGGGUGCCCAAGGAGACGAAGGUGAAGUGGGUUAUCCAGGUCGCGUGCUGAAUCUGGAGGAACGUCACGUUUAUCGCGGCUUUACCGGUGAUCGAGGAAUCCAGGGUGAACGAGGCGCCACAGGUGAUGUCGGACCAAUUGGCUACAUCGGAGCUGUAGGCGCCAAGGGAGAACAGGGCGAGAUUGGCUACGCAGGAGAGUUGGGUUUCGAUGGAGUGCCUGGAUUAAAGGGCCAACAAGGCGACCAAGGACCUCAAGGCUUCCCCGGAGUAGCACUGAAAUCCGAGCAAGGCGACCAAGGCGAUGCUGGGUUAGAUGGACGAGCAGGUCGUCGCGGAUAUGCUGGACAAAAGGGAGCGCCAGGACCACCAGGAGAAAAUGGUGCAAACGGUGCUAUUGGACACAGAGGAGCAGAGAUCGUGGGCCCGCCCGGUCCACAGGGAGAUACUGGAUAUCCCGGAGCGCGUGGACACAGUGGUCGACAUGGCCUAAUUGGACCAAAGGGAGAGCAGGGAGACAUAGGCCGACAGGGCUUACAGGGUGAAUCUGGAUAUGCCAUAGUUGGCAGACAGGGCGACAUCGGAGAUAUCGGCUACCAAGGUGCCCAAGGCUGGAAUGGUCAAAAGGGUGAGCAAGGAUAUCCUGGAAUCCCGGGUCAAAAUGGCCGAGUGGGAGCUCGGGGUCCACGGGGACCCACUGGCGACGUAGGCUGGAGCGGUAUUGAUGGCAUGGAUGGACUCGUUGGCCCAAAGGGUCAGCCGGGUGUGACCUAUCCGUACUCGGCAGCCCGUCAAGGAGAUCGCGGUGAGCCUGGAAUUAAUGGGUUCAAGGGUGAGGAGGGCGAACCCGGACAACCAGGAUUUGAAGGAUUCCAAGGACAGAGAGGGUUUGCCGGAUAUCGCGGUGACCAAGGUGAAGUAGGCUACACUGGAGCUGACGGACCUCAGGGACAACGUGGUGACAAAGGUGAAAUUGGUUUGACCGGAGCUCCUGGACUCCGUGGUCUUCCUGGACCACAGGGUGACCCAGCACCAGCACCACCAGCGCCCAAGAGCCGUGGAUUCAUUUUUGCCAGGCACUCGCAGUCAGUUCAGGUUCCUCAGUGUCCGGCCAACACGAAUCUGUUGUGGGAGGGUUACUCCUUGUCUGGCAAUGUGGCCGCCAGCAGAGCGGUUGGUCAGGAUCUUGGUCAGUCCGGAUCUUGCUUAAUGCGUUUCACCACCAUGCCGUACAUGUUGUGUGAUGUGACGAACGUGUGCCACUUUGCCCAGAACAAUGACGACAGUCUGUGGCUGUCCACAGCCGAGCCCAUGCCCAUGACCAUGACUCCCAUCCAGGGCAGAGACCUCAUUAAGUACAUUUCACGUUGCGUUGUGUGCGAGACCACGACCAGGAUCAUUGCCCUACACUCGCAAUCCAUGUCCAUUCCAGAAUGCCCUGGUGGCUGGGAGGAGAUGUGGACCGGCUACAGUUACUUUAUGACCACCCUGGACAACGUUGGAGGCGUUGGACAGAGUCUCGUCUCCCCGGGCUCCUGUCUGGAGGAGUUCCGCGCCCAGCCGGUGAUCGAGUGCCAUGGUCACGGACGCUGCAACUACUACGAUGCGUUAGCCUCCUUCUGGUUAUCCGUAAUCGAAGAGCAAGAUCAAUUUGUGCAGCCACGCCAGCAGACGCUUAAAGCAGAUUUAACCAGCAAAGUCAGCAGGUGCACGGUUUGUCGUCGACGUGGUAACACCUUUGUUCCCCGUAAUACGGCAUCCUCAUGGUCUUCGGGAUCGUCAGCAGGCUCUGAUGAAUCUGAUUCGGAUACGAGCUUUAACUACAGGGCUGGUUGGUCAGCUAACAGCGCUUCAAGGCCUGGCUCGCAAUCCAAUGCUGGAGCAGGCUGGAACGCUGGCGGUCAAUCGAGACCCAAUUCUGGGUCUAGCUGGACUUCCGGCUCCGUUCCAGGAUCCAAUUCGAGAUCUAGCUGGUCUUCCGGUUCCGCUGCAGGCUCCAAUCCGAAGAUCUAGCUGGUCUUCCGGAUCCGUUUCUGGUUCCAACCCGGGAUCUAACGCUGCGUGGUCUUCGGGCUCCAAUGCAAGAGGAUAUCCUGGCUCAAAUGCUGGUUGGUCUACCGGCUCAAAUGCAGGAUCCCAUCCCGGAUCAAACGCUGGCUGGUCCUCUAGCUCUAGCUGGAGCUCAGAUCCACGCAAUCCUGUAAAUUACCCUUCGGUUGCCCGCACCAACGAUCCACGACGACAGCCGUACUCAACUGCUGAAGCUCCAGCCAACUAUUUGAAUGGAAGAUACCAGCAGGGACGUCGUCCGAGCAAUCUGCAGACCUACAACGAGUACGCUCGUAAUGGAGGCAACACACGCCCGUACAACAGACGCCCUCGUGAGGACACCAUCGCCCCCUAGAUUGCAGUUCAUACUAAGUAGAAGUUAAAUUUUUGUCUUAAGUCUAUUGCUAUCCAACCAACGAUAACGAUAACGAUCCAAAUCCAAAAACAACCCCAAACCCCUAGUUCCCAUAUGAAACAAGCAAACACAAAACACCGAACAGUGCCAUUUUCCGUGGAGAUGUAAUCCAAUUACGUGGACACCUAAACUUGAUAUAGCACAUACCAAAAAUGAAUACAAUAGGGAAGAGAAAAGUAACCACUGCCUGCACUGCAACGAAAGUAAAUCUUUUGCCUCUGUUGGGAUUAUUGUAAACUUAACAAAACCAAAAACAAAACCCAGUUUUUUAAUAAAUAAAAUUUACAACACAUAAAACCAA